GCCAUUUUCAGCCGCCCGACGGCUGGGUGCGAUGAUGGACUCCGACUACUCGUCCGGCUUGGAAAACCCUCUGUACGGCGAGCUGAAAUACUUCUGUAGGAAGAUACAGGAGGCCUACAGCGAGCUGAAGGAGGACCUGACGCCCUACCGAGAUGACCGCUUUUACAGACUGGCCCCCAUGCGGCUCUACACCCUGUCUAAAAGACAUUUUGUCUUGGUCUUCGUGGUAUUCCUGAUCUGCUUCGGCCUCACAGUCUUCAUUGGGAUUGCAGGUCCGAGGAUUAUCGCUGAGCAAGAGCACAGCGGUGAUCAAUUACUGGUAAAAAAUUCCUCUAUUAAGACGGGGCCUUUCAAUCUGGUUUCUCCUCCGCUCACCACUUACAACCAGAAGCUAUGGCUCGCCUGUGUGAUGCAGGCAGAAAACAGCAAUAUGGGAGACUUCCAGCAGCCUUUCGAGAUCAACGUUGAGCUAAAGGGGGUGAUGCAGGACGCCAGCGUGAUGCACAUCAGCAACGUGCACCAGAAAUCCCGAACGCUACACUGCACGACUAAAUGUGAUGAGAUCAUUGUGCUCCACCUGGGCUAUCUGAACUACACCCAGUACCAGGUUGUGGUCAGCUUCAAGGGUCUUGAAAAUAUCACAUAUGAAAUCAAGGUCAAGUUUGUGUGGAAAAUGUACAGUCCCACCUUCUCACAAGUAGAAAUCUGGUUCCGGUUCGUCUUCGUGGUGUUGACCUUCAUGGUGACGUGUAUGUUUGCUCAUUCACUGAGGAAAUUUUCUAUGAGGGACUGGGGCAUAGAGCAAAAGUGGAUGUCUGUCCUGCUCCCGUUGCUGUUACUCUACAAUGAUCCAUUCUUCCCGCUGUCAUUCCUGGUGAACAGCUGGUUUCCAGGGAUGCUGGAUGCUUUCUUUCAGGCUCUGUUCCUGUGUGCUCUGCUGCUCUUCUGGCUCUGUGUCUACCAUGGCAUCAGGGUUCAGGGAGAGAGGAAAUGCCUGACGUUCUACCUGCCCAAGAUGAUCAUUGUAGGUCUUCUAUGGCUCUCAGCGGUUACACUGGGCAUUUGGCAAACGGUUAAUGAACUCCAGGAUCCCACCUAUCAGUAUAAAGUGGAUAUAGUGAACUUUCAGGGUAUGAAGGUCUUCUUCCUCAUUGUUGUUGCCCUCUACAUCCUCUACCUGAUUUUCCUGAUUGUCAGAGCUUGUUCUGAACUCAAGAACAUGCCAUACUCAGAUCUCCGGCUGAAGUUUUUGACAGCGCUGACGUUUGUGGUGCUCAUUAUAAGCAUGGUCAUUCUCUACCUGAGGUUUGGUGCCAAGGCUCUUCAAGAUAAUUUUGUGGCUGAAUUAUCUACUCAUUACCAAAACUCAGCUGAAUUUUUAUCCUUCUACGGCCUACUCAACUUUUACUUGUACACGUUAGCAUUUGUGUAUUCGCCCUCCAAAAAUGCCCUUUACGACUCCCAGUUGAAGGAUAACCCUGCUUUCUCCAUGCUUAAUGACUCAGAUGAUGAAGUGAUAUAUGGGAGUGAUUAUGAAGACAUGGCUUUACAAAACGGACGUGCUAUCAAAGCAACCACCAAGUACCAGGAUGAGAGUGACAGUGACUGAUGGAUCUCUGACUUCUGCUCCUCUGUCCCCCUGUUGGAAUCUAUGAGAAUAAAUUAAAACAACCUAUCAUGUUUAUGUGUACAUAAGGAGUAUUUGGACUGGUAUGGAAUGAUAUACUGCAAGUGUACAUAAAUAUAUUUUUAAAAAGAUAUGUUCCAUGUCUACUGAAUGUACUGUACUUUUGCUGAAAGUUGAGGCAUGUAGCCACUCAAACAAUUUUCUCCAUUGUUUAUGCUUUCAGUCUGAUUGAAAACAACAGAAACGCUGAUGUAAAGCAAUACCCUUUUUACCAGUUUGGAAACUGUUUUUCUCUCAUAACCAGCAUUUCUUCACACGUUUGUUAAAAAUGACCGGGAAAAGUGCUAAUAUUAAUUUGUUUUUGUUUUUUUUGAUUUUUGUUAUUUUUAAUGCUUUGUGUUGGAACACUGUUGGGUCUAUACUUGUACUGUGUUGUUUUUGCCAUUCCAUGCCGCUCUCUGACCGUCUGAGAACAAUGAGAAUAUCUGUCUAUCUAUCUCUGGCCAAAGCUGAGUAACUUUAUACUGGUGGUAGAAAGUAACAGAAUCUCAUGCUGCAGCAGCUGCGAGUGCACUUUAACGGUAUACUGUGGCUCGCCAGCACUGACAUGAUUCGUGGAUGGGAAAUUUAAGUGCCAUAGCAGUCUUGGCUGUUGACAAAUCCUCUUUGUCCUCAGACAUUUUUUUAAAAGAAAAAAAAUUAGAGAGCCUUAACCAGAGUAGGUACCUAUGGUCUCGUACCACUCCUCUUACCAAUUAUUUCCUUGGAAAGCAGCUUUUGUAAUUGCACUUAUGUAAGAAUUGUAGUUAUUUUGCCAAAAAGUUAUGACAUUUGAUACUGUAUUAUCUGAUGACUUGGAUGGAUGGAUUUUGAUGAAUUGCAUGGGUUUUACAUGACGUGAUGUUAAUGGACUACUGAUUUAUUAUGUUAAACAUUUCUUAUCCCAGCACAUACAGUAGUUAUACCAUUGGCCAAAUAUAUUUUGGCCCAUGUAGAACAUAUGAUUUUAAGGAAACCUUUUCUUCCCAUAACUUUCAUUAUAUUGCCUCCAAUAUGAGACUUGCUGCCGUUUCCUUUUUUCUAUGAAACUGGAGGUUAUGGACAAAAACAGCCAAAACAGUUCUUUACAAAUAAUAUCUCAACAUGUAUUCUAAUCAAGAUGGUGCCUUGUCUUUACAUAAUUGUUUUCUUCUAAAUGGGCUGAAGUCUCAAAGUUGUAAAUGCUUUCAAAAUGAGAAUGUACAUGUUUGAUUCUUUCAGUGUGAAUGUUGGUUAUGUUGGUUCAACGUGGUGAAAUGAGGUUGUUGUGAGUCCUGAUAUAAUGGAAGUUCUUGCAUUUUUUUGUUGCUUUAUUAGGUAAAUAUUCUACAUGUAGCACUCUGUCAAGUCACAUGUAAAUAAAGCAAAGUAUAUACAGCAUA